AUGGCGGAUGAGGAAGAAUAUGAGGAGGUGAUAGAGUACUACACCGAGGAGACAGUUUACGAGGAGGUGCCCGGAGAGACAAUUACAGAAGUCUAUGAAACUACGACGACAAGAACAUCUGACUAUGGCCAAUCAGAACCUUCCACACCAGCGCUGGUACAGCCACCACCAGCAAAACCGAUGGAGCGGAAGAAGGUCAUCCGGAAGAAGGUGGACUCUUCCAAGUUCAUGACCCCCUACAUUGAACACAGUCAGAAAAUGCAGGAUCUUUUCAGCCCAAAUAAAUACAAAGAGAACUAUGAGAAAGCAAAGGGACAGCCAUAUGCCAUCACAAGUGAUACUCCAGAACUUCGCAGAAUCAAGAAAGUACAGGAUCAACUCAGUGAGGUUAAGUAUCGAAUGGAUGGAGAUGUUGCCAAAACUAUCUGUCAUGUGGAUGAAAAAGCAAAAGAUAUUGAACAUGCAAAGAAAGUGUCGCAGCAAGUCAGCAAGGUUUUAUACAAGCAGAACUGGGAAGACACCAAGGAUAAGUACCUGCUUCCCCCUGAUGCCCCUGAACUUGUCCAAGCCAUUAAGAACACAGCCAUGUUCAGUAAGAAACUGUACACUGAAGACUGGGAAGCAGACAAAGGGUUGUUUUAUCCCUACAAUGACAGUCCAGAACUGAGGAGGGUCGCCCAGGCCCAGAAAGCACUUAGUGAUAUUGCCUACAAAAAAGGACUCACUGAACAGCAAACUCAGUUCACAUCCCUGCCUGAUCCUCCUGAUGUAGAAUUUGCCAAGAAAGUAACCAACCAAGUGAGCAAGCAAAAAUAUAAAGAAGACUAUGAAAAGAAAGUCAAAGGAAAAUGGAGUGAGACACCCUGCUUUGAGAUUGCAACAGCCAGAAUGAACGCUGAUAAUCUCAGCUCAAGGAAGUAUCAGGAAGACUUCGAGAACAUAAAAGACCAGAUCUACUUCAUGCAGACGGAAACACCUGAGUAUAAAAUGAAUAAACAGGCUGGAGUUGCAGCUAGCAAGGUAUAA